CGUCACUAUUUGAAGCGCGAUCAGCUAGCACACAGCUAUCUCCUACCAAUCCAUUCCAGAGUCUGCUUUGCGCUCCAAUCUCGAGACGAGUUUCGCCAAAGCCUCUGCACUGCCGUUCACCGCUAGCUCCACUGCAAAGUCAACGCGUCGCUAACCGCGUGCCUGGCAUUAGCCUCGCAGCGCUACCCCUCCAAAAGCCCACCUGCAGCGGGAAAGAACGAUUCUGCAUCAAGUGGUCACGCUACACUUUCGAGCCACAUCGCCAACCUCUAUACUAAUUCUCUCGCUUCCACAGCAUAUCUGUUCAGCGUGCGGGACCGUGGCCGCAACCAUAGGUAUUCCAAUUCCCGGCGGUGGUGGAGAGAAGGGGAAGACGACGCCCGCCAACAUGACUUCUCCGGAGGUGGACUUCACACGGCGGAACCCGACAGCCAGACCAUUGACCGAUAAGGAGAGGGAUGCGUUGGACGAGUUUGUGGACUCAAUACAUUACUCCUCGAGAUACAAUGACGACCACUACGAGUACCGGCACGUACAAUUACCAAAGCAAAUGCUGAAGAAGAUCCCGAAGGAGUACUUUGAGCCAUCGCGGGGGACGUUGAAGCUGCUGUGGGAGGAGGAGUGGAGAGGGUUGGGCAUUACGCAGAGUCUAGGAUGGGAACACUACGAAGUCCAUGAACCCGAGCCGCAUAUCCUCCUGUUCAAGAGACCGAUGAACUACCAGCCGCCAGCGCAGCACUGAGCGGUUACCGAGAGCGCAUCUGUCCGCUUGAACUGCUUCUUUGAUACUUGCUUCGGUCAACCAUUCGGCAAGCGGGCGUUUUUCAAUGAAUAAGCGGAGUCCUCGAGCUCGGGUGGAGCAACACGAUAUGGCGCGGAGUUGCUGCAUGGUGGAUGCCAAGAGAAUGAUGUGGCACAUGAAUGGAUGUACGGCGUACUAGCGGAAGGGCCAAUGCCGCUUGAUUUGUGAAUAGCUUCCCUCAAUCAGCGUAAUAUCUAUCUCUCAACUCAACUCAGCCUCGAGGUCGAGCAGGCCGCGUCUGGGUGCCUUGGCCGAGUUCGAAGGAGCUUCGGAGUCCGGCAAGUGUGCCACUACAGGGAUCACUCAUAGGAAAGCAGCAUACCGCACAAGCAGAUCAAAAGUCAACUGGUGCGGUAUUCGACGCUUUACAGAAGUCUGCGG